CGCCUUUCUUCAUUCAAUUGACUACCAAACUACCUGUGCGAGUUCAGUUUUCGUCCUGACUUCUUUUUCAACAACUUUCCGGGAAAAUGUCGGGUCGUGGAAAGGGAGGUAAGGGCUUGGGUAAGGGAGGAGCGAAGAGGCAUCGUAAGGUUCUCCGCGAUAACAUCCAGGGCAUCACCAAGCCCGCGAUUCGCCGUUUGGCUCGCAGGGGUGGUGUGAAGCGUAUCAGUGGUCUGAUCUACGAGGAGACCCGAGGGGUUCUCAAGAUUUUCUUGGAGAAUGUCAUUCGCGAUGCUGUGACGUACACUGAGCACGCUAGGAGGAAGACCGUGACAGCUAUGGAUGUGGUUUACGCCUUAAAGAGGCAGGGAAGGACCCUUUAUGGGUUUGGUGGUUAGAUUGUAUACUUGGGGCUUUAAGAUGGUUAGGUCUUAGUGGUGCUUGUAGAUCUUGGCUAUAGAUCAGUUUCCAUCGUUUUUUUGUGUUGUUUCCUGGUGUAUGUGAUUCGAACCUUAAAUUGGAAGUAUUUGUUUUCUGUUUUCUGGAAA